ACGCGGCCAACGAGCCAGCUUCUGGAAGACUGAUUAGUCCCCCGCUGAGCAUGGCCGGCACGCCUCCGGUCCUCUUGACAUACGGCCUUCGGCCCGACGAGCAUCGUGGUGAUCCGUCCACUCACGGUACCAGCCAGAAAUUGCCCCGCUUCCGCUCUGGCAGUGAUUCUCUGCGUCUGUCGACCUCGCUCGCGAAAUCUUGUGUCAUGAUCUGUCAUCCUCGGGCACCUCGUUAACCGGUCGCUAUUCCGAUAAAUGCGCCUCCCCGGAUUCAUGCCCGGGCACUCUCCCUUUCCGUCCAGCAGCUCACUAUGCCUGCUACUGUGCCACAACUGUUCCAGCCGAUCUCGGUAGGCGACAUGCAGCUCAAGCAUCGCGUCGUGCUGGCCCCGCUGACGCGGUUUCGCGCGGACGGCGAGCGCGUGCCGCUGCCCAUCGUCAAGGAGUACUACAUCCAGCGGGCGUCGGAGCCGGGGACGCUGCUGAUCUCGGAGGCGACCUUCAUCGACGAGUGCGCCAGCGGCUACCUCAACGUCCCCGGUAUUUGGUCGGAGGCCCAGUUUGCCGCGUGGAAGGAGAUCACCGACGCCGUGCACGCGCAGGGGUCGUUCAUAUUCCUCCAGCUGUGGGCGCUGGGCCGCGCGGCGCAGCCCUCCACCCUGGGCGACCACCCAUACGUCUCGGCCUCGGGCAUCCCGCUCCGCGACCGGCCCGCAGACCAGAUCAAGCCCCGGCCGCUCUCGAAGGCGGAGAUCGCCGAAUACGCGCGGCUGUAUGCGCGCGCCGCCGCGAACGCGGUGCACAAGGCGGGCUUCGACGGGGUCGAGAUCCACGGGGCGAACGGAUACCUGAUCGACCAGUUCCUGCAGGACGUGAGCAAUGUGCGGUCGGACGAGUACGGGGGUAGCGUGGAGAACCGGGCCCGGUUCGCGCUGGAGGUCGUGGACGCUGUCGUGGCUGCCGUCGGGCCCAAGAAAGCGGCCCUGCGUAUCAGUCCCUGGAACACAUGGCAAGACAUGGGCAUGAAGGACCCCAAGCCGACCUUUUCGUAUCUCGUCGAGCAGAUCAAAGCACGACACCCCGAUCUGGCAUUCAUCCACGCUGUGGAGCCCCGAGUCUCCGGUGCCGACAUCCGAGCUGAGGACAGCAUGCCAGAGGACAUGAGCAACGACUUCGUCCGACAGAUUUGGUCGUCUGGCUCGAGGCGGCUGAUUUCUGCCGGCGGGUAUACACGCGACGCAGCCAUCCGAGAUGGCGAAAAGGGUGACCUGGUGGCCUUCGGGAGAAGGUACAUAGCCAAUCCUGACUUGCCGUCUCGAUUGCUGCAUGACUAUCCUCUCAAUCCGUACGACCGAAAAACUUUCUACGAUGCAGGAAGCUCCAGUCCAAAGGGCUACACAGACUAUCCCUUCUACCUCGCCAAGUCGCAGCUUUGAUACCUUAUCCUAAAAAUAUUCUUGACGGGUUGAUUGACAUUUGAUGUGACACUCCGUUCAGGCUCUUGGUCUU